GGAGCCCGCCGAAGUGCCCGUGGCCGACCUCAUCAAGUCGCUGGUGCACUUCUUGGCGAACAGGCCCUCGCAUAUGCCGCUGUGGCAGUACGAAGACAUCACGGCUAAAGUGUGGUCGCUCCGCAGCUGCCAGCAGAUGGCGACGCUGCUGCGGCACGCCGUGCGCGUGUUCCGCGAGAGCCUGCCGCACGCGCUGGUGUCGGAGCGCUGGGCGCAGACGGCGCUGCAGCUCGGCCUGUCCUGCCCCUCGCGCCACUACGCCGGACGGUCGCUGCAGGUGUUCCGUUUCAUCGGCGUGGCCAUGACGGGCCGCAUGGUCUCCGACAUCCUGUCCCGGCUCGUGGAGACGGUAGCCGAGCAAGGCGAGGACAUGCAGGGUUACGUCACAGAACUACUCCUCACGCUCGAAGCCGCCGUCGACUCGCUCGAAUCUAACUUCCGACCGCUCGACUACAUGAGGGACAUAUUCAAGUCGACGCCCAAUCUGAACAACAAGGACGGCGGGCCGCAGCCGAAUGGGAACGCUUUUGCUGCUGGCAAGCGCUCGCCCGGUGUGUGCGUGGGCUGCGUAGGAAGUCAUACGCGCAGCACCAGCUACUCCGUCACGUACUGCAUGCGCAAGAACCCGCCCGCGGCGCCGGACAAGCAUCAACACGACCGCACGCGGCCCUGCAGCGAGGCGGCCAAAGGCGCGUGCUCCAACCUGUGCCGGUCGCGCUCCGCACAGUCCCUCAAGCUGCUUGGAGACUCCGCCACUCAGGACGACAAGCUGACGAUCCUGGCAACACUGUUCUGGGUGGGCGCGUCUCUGCUGGAGUCGGACUACGAGCACGAGUUCCUGCUCGGCGUGCGCCUGCUCGCGCGCGUCAUGGCGCGCCUGCCGCUCGACCGGCCCGACGCGCGCGAGCGCCUCGACCGCACGCAGGCGCACUGCGCGCCCUCGCUGCACGCGCUGCUGCUCAAGGGCUGCACGCACCCGAACACUUACGAGCCGGUGGUGGGUGUUCUGGCGGACAUGAUCCCACUGCUGGAGCUGCCGGUCAUCGACCCCACGCAGAGCCUUGCCUUCCCCAUGACGGUGGUGGCGCUGCUGCCGUACAUGCUGCUGCACUACGAAGACGCCAACGAGCUGUGCGUGCGCGCCGCCUGCCACAUCGCGCAGUUCACCGCAGAGAAGAGCAAGAAGUUAGAGAACCUCGGCACAGUGAUGACGCUGUACUCGCGCCGCACCUUCAGCAAGGAGAGCUUCCAGUGGACCAAGUGCGUGGUCAAGUACCUGUGGGACACCUAUUCGCACCUGUCUAUGCAAAUGCUCGCCUUCCUCGUCGAGGUGCUCGAAAAGGGCGCGGCCAACCUGCAGCUGCCGGUGCUGUCGGUGCUGCACUGCAUGCUGUACUACGUGGAGCUGAGCGCGCCCGCGGCGCAGCCCGUCACCGCCGACCUGCUGCGCGCCGUCGUCAAGUUCCUCGACUCGUGCGCGCAGGACGGCUGCACCUACAAGGAGGCCAUGAAGAUCCUGAAGCUGGUGGUGACGCGCUGCUCCACGCUCGUCGUGCCGCCCUUCGCGCACACGCACGCUGCCGCCGCGCACCUCGACUCGCACAAGAAGGAGCUGCCGGGGCGCACGAUGGAGUUCACGUUCGACCUGUCGCAGACGCCGGUGAUCGGCCGCAAGUACCUGCCCAAGGCCGGCAGCCAGCCCGCCACCGGGCCCAGCUCGCUGUCCAGCGCCGCCACCGCCACGCCCGACAAAGGUACUAACUCGCCGCCAGCUGCAGGCGUCAGACUGACCGACCCCGGCUCGUCAGCAUCGGCGUCGGGCUCGACGUCGACGGUGGUGUGCGCCGAGGCCGCGCCGGCCGCCAGCGCGGCGUCCCCGCGGCGCUCGCUGUCGCUGUCGCCCGCCGACGCGCUCGCGGCCGGCUGGAAGCGGCCCUGGAUGUCGCAGAGUCGCGUCCGGGAGUGCCUCGUCAACCUACUAACUACAUGCGGCCAAAGAGUUGGUCUGCCCAAGAGCCCAUCUGUGAUCUUCAGCCAAAGCUCGGAGUUGCUCGAGCGAGAGUCGUCGAUGGCUUCCUCCCUGGAGGAGGUGUCGGGCACUCCGGGGAAUGAGCCUUCCGCGGCCGCCCCGCCUACGGACCACUUCGGGGUCUUCAAGGACUUCGACUUCUUGGAGUACGAGAGCGAGAGCAUUGAGGGCGAGAGUUCGGACAACUUCAACUGGGGCGUGCGCCGGCGGCUGCUCAGCGAGGAGCGCGACGAGGGCGCCGCGCCGGAGCGCAGCCCGCCGCAGCGGCCGCGUCCGCCCGACCACGCCCACACCACCAAGAGCACGCACGAGGACUCGUCGGACGAGGAGGGCGGGUGGGAGGAGGGCGCGGCGGGGCGCGGGGAGGGCGACGCGAGCGCGCACGAGCUGGCGCUGCGCCCGCGCACUCAUUCCUUCUCCAGCGCCUCCAGCGGGGAACCCGACGGCGACCGCGGCGACGUGACGCCGGUGCCGGGCGCGGGCCCCGCGCUGCGUGACGCGUGGCGCGCGUCGGUCACGGCGCACUGGCGCCACGCCACGCACGUGCCGCCCAUGGCGCUGGUCCACAGGCUUCACACCGUGCUCAAGGAGGUGACGUGCAAGACGGUGUCGCUGUGCAGCGAGACAGCUGCUCUGGCGCCGGGCGCGGCCGAGCUGGGCGCCGUGCUGGACCGGCUGGCGGGCGAGGAGCCGCCGCUCCUGUGGGCCGGCGCUGCCGCCGCCGACUGCGCGCGCGUGCGCGACGCCGUGCGCUACGCCGCGCUCGAGAUCAGCGAGCAUCUUGAGACGUAUUUCGACAGGCGGGAGCACGCGCUUGAGGCGGGAGCACGCGCUUGA